UUGAAAAACAAAAAAUGUUUGUACUUGCCGAAAUGAAGCAUGUCAUACGAAUUCCACCACAUGAUUUUAAGAAGAGGCUUAAUGAUGCUAUUUCAGAAGAGCUGAACAAGAAGUUGGCGAACAAAGUUGUUUUAAAUGUCGGUUUGUGCAUUGCACUGUUUGACAUAACGCGUUUAGAAGAUUCUUACAUAUUCCCUGGUGAUGGCGCAGCACACACCAAAGUAAACUUCCGUUAUGUUGUAUUCAGGCCAUUCAUGGAAGAAAUACUCAUCGGUAAAAUUAAAGGCUGUAGCCCAGAAGGCGUUCAAGUUACACUUGGGUUUUUUGAUGAUAUAAUUAUUCCACCAGCAUCGUUACAGCAUCCGUCAAGGUUUGACGAAACAGAACAAGCCUGGGUGUGGAAGUAUGACACUGAUGGUGACACACAUGAUUUGUUUAUGGAUCCAGGAGAGACAAUAAGAUUUCGUGUUACUGCUGAGAGCUUUGUGGAAACAUCACCUGUUGGUCCUGAGAAUCCAGAUCUAAAAGAUGCAGUUGAUACUACAGAAGAGCCAAAAGUUCCAUACAAACUGACAGGUAGCAUCAAUGAACCAGGUCUUGGUCUUUUGUCUUGGUGGGCAAAUUCGUAGUGUACAGACACUUUGGAAGAAGAUUGAUGUAUUUAACAGUCAGGAACUGGUACAACAGGAUGUCAACACAGGUAGUUAAUGCAGUAAUUGUAUUUUUGGAUUCAUUUGUAUUCAUGGUCUGUUGUAAGCAAUAAAUUUAUUAUUCAAGUAUUCUUUAAA